AUGUCAAGUCGAUCUGUUUCUCCGCCAAUGUUGGGCGAGAUCAAAACGGGAACUCCAUUAGAUGUAACAUUGGACAAUUCGCUACUUGAAUCGGUGCCUACUACUGCCGUCACUGAACCAGUAACCAUUGAUGUUCCUGCCGACAAUCUAGUACAACUCACUCCACCCGAAGUAAACAACAGCAAUCCAGCUAUGGAUAUUGAUCCAUCAGAAUCAGAUGUAGAAGAAGAAGAUCCAAUAGACAAGAUGAGAUCAAUGGAAAUUCUUCCUGAUUUGUUCAAUUUGAUCCAUGAUGUUAUCCAGGGAAAGAUCCAACCCAAAGAUUUUCAUAAUAAUGCUGGUAGUUUACGAUUGAAAUUGAAUACGUUGAAACAAUACAUGCAGGAAGUGGAAGGGAUUGGUGAAACUUUACAGAGCACUCAAGCAAAAAUUGAACUGUUAAGGGAGAAUAAUGAAAAAAAGAGAGCAUUGUUGGAG